CCACAUUUCCAUUUCCAUUGGGAAAUGUCAUAGUUUUUACUCCACUACAGGUAUGUGAGAACAUUAGUUGCAGGUUACUUUGUGGAUUUAGAUUAUUAAUACAAAAUAUAACCAACAAAUACAUUAUGAUGCAUUAUUACAGAUUAAGAUAAGAUAAACGUUAUUGAGGGGUGGGGGUGGGGGAUUCACAAGCUACCCAGUCAUAUAUGAUAUAACUAAAAUUAGCUUCACAAUAACCAGCUGCAACAUUAAAGUGAUGAACAGUCACAGUGAAUCAAUGAUUAUAAUUCAGCGACAUGAUAUUAUUAUUCUGAAAUGGGCCUUUAUGCAAAAUAAGAACCUUUAUUUUUGGUACUUUAAGUAUAUUUUGAUGCACUUUUAAUUCUAAAUGCAGGACUUGUAACAGAGCAUUUCUACACUGCACUCAGGUUUGUAAGGUCUGAAGGCGGCUCUUCCUCGCUGGGGGGCGCCUUUCUCCUUUGUUGUCCGACAGAGGGGUGUCCUGCCCUCUGAUGUAACUGUUAACCUGGAUAUCUCUUAAGCCACCUGCAACACGCUGAAGCUCCAACACCGGACAGGACAGCCGUGUUUUUGGAUGACUGAGGUGCAGCAGUGACUUCCGUCAACCGCAGCGGGUCACAGACAGGCGGGCACACCGGGGAAUGAACGCUCCGUGUGGGGAACAACAGGACGCACAGCGCUCCCCUCUCCGCCGCAGAAUAUUAACACCAUCACCAGGUUUGGCUUCACUGCGCUCCUGUUUGGGGAAACACACCUUUAACUGACAGCGAUGUUGCGCACGGGCUUUGUGCAAUGUGGAAAUCCAGCUGAAUGACCGGACUGCAGAUAAACUCCGAGCUGCAGGAAGAAGGUUGGAAACAUUCGCUGGGGAUGGACUGCAGGUGUGAAUUACGAUGACUCCCAUCCUCGCUGUUUGAACAUGCUGCUUGGGUAGCGAAGCCGGCCGAGAGGACACGCACACACACACACACACACACACACACACACAAACACACAGUUGGACCAAUUCAAGCACAACCAUGCUGAUCAAGGAGUAUCGCAUCCCCAUGCCGAUGAGCGUGGAGGAGUACCGCAUUGCUCAGCUCUACAUGAUCCAGAAAAAGAGCCGAGAGGAGAGCUGUGGCGAGGGCAGCGGGGUGGAGAUCCUGGAGAACAAGCCUUACGAGGACGGCCCCGGAGGCUCGGGUCAGUACACGCACAAGGUCUAUCACAUCGGCAAACACAUCCCGUCGUGGUUCUGUGCCAUUCUGCCUCAGGCUGCCCUUCGAGUGGAGGAGGAGUCCUGGAACGCCUACCCCUACACGCGGACCCGGUACACCUGUCCCUUUGUGGAGAAAUUCUCUAUAGACAUCGAGACAUAUUAUAAACCAGAUACUGGAAAUCAAGUGGAUGUCUUCAAUAUGUCCUCUGGCGAAAAGAGACAGAUGACUGUAGACCCCAUAGACAUCGUAAAGGACUACAUCCCUCCUCACGAGUACCUGGUGGAAGAAGACCCCAAGCUGUAUCAGUCAGUAAAAACCAAACGUGGUCCGCUGUCAGACGACUGGAUCGAAGAGAUCAACCAGAAUCACGGUGAAAGCCCUGUGAUGUGUGCCUACAAGCUCUGCAAAGUGGAGUUCAGAUACUGGGGCAUGCAGUCCAAGAUCGAACGCUUCAUACACGACGUGGGCCUGCGUAAAGUGAUGGUUCGAGCCCACAGGCAGGCGUGGUGCUGGCAGGACGAGUGGUACGGCCUGACCAUCGAGGACAUCAGGCAGCUGGAGCUGGAGACCCAGCUGGCUCUGGCUAAGAAGAUGGCCCAGUACAGCCUCAAUGAAGAAGGGGGAACGGAGACCAACAGCUCCUCCGUGAGCAAGGACCAGGAGCAGGGAGCUGAGACUGCGGGAUCAGCUGCAGAGGCAGAAGGAGGGAAGCUGGGAGAUUCACUGGAGACACGAGGGGAGCUCACCAAGCAGUGGUCAACAUCCUCCAGAUCCUCCAACAGGUCAUCUAAACGAGGCGGGAGUCCGUCUCACCAGAGCAUUUCAGAGUGGAGGAUGCAGAGCAUUGCCCGAGACUCAGAAGACAGUACAGACGACGAGUUCUUUGAUGCUCACGAGGACUUUUCUGACAAUGAGGAGAUGUUUGCGAAGGAGAUCACCAAGUGGAGCUCCAAUGACCUGAUGGACAAGAUAGAAACAAUGGAGGUGGAUGAAGCACAAGAAACCUUGUAUCAGGAGUCGGGUGGGGAGUACGCUGGGAUGAGUAAUGAGGAGAGGCAGAUGGAGGAUUGUUCGUCUCAGCAGUGUCUCCAGCCGUGCAAAAUCCACGUCCUCCUUCUGGUCCUGCAUGGAGGAAACAUCCUGGAUACUGGCUCUGGUGAACAGAACAGCAAGCAGGCAGAUGUGAACACGCUGAGCGGGGCUUUUGAGACCGUGAUGAGGGUCCAUUACCCCACAGCUCUGGGCCGCAUCGCCAUCCGGAUGGUCCCCUGUCCAGCUGUGUGUGUCGACGCCUUCUCACUCGUCUCCAAUCUAAGCCCCUACAGCUACGACGAGAGCUGCCUGUCCAGCAGUCAGGACCACAUCCCUCUUGCUGCUUUGCCCCUUUUGGCUACCUCUGCGCCACAGUACCAAGAUGCCGUGGCUACCGUCAUCUUACGAGCCAAUCAGGUGUAUAGUGACUUCAUCAAGUCUUUAGAGGGGUCAUCUUUUACUGGCCAGGUGUGUGUUAUUGGGGACUGUGUUGGGGGGAUCCUGGGGUUUGAUGCUCUGUGCAGCAGCUCUGUGACGGUGUCAGAAAGCCAGAACAGCAGCAGGCGGGGCAGCGCCAUCAGUGUUCAGGACACAGACCUUCUUUCUCCAGGUAUUGUCAUAAACAGCGCCUCUCCUUCCUCGCCGUCCCUCGAAGGAAGCCGCCAUCUCAGCCGCAGCAACAUCGACAUCCCUCGCUGCUCGGGGCCCGACGACCCCAAGAGGCAACUUCCACGCAAGCGCAGCGACUCCUCCACGUACGAGCUGGACACCAUCAAACAGCACCAAGCCUUCCUGUCCAGCCUUCACUCCAGUGUGCUCCUCGGGGAACCCGGAUCAAGACGCUCCAGCAACAGCACCAUGCUGGAAGGAGGCUCCUUAGGAAAGUUUGACUUUGAGGUGACUGACUUCUUCCUCUUCGGCUCUCCUCUGGGGUUGGUGCUCGCGCUGAGGAAGACAGUGGUGCCCUCGUUAGAUGUGUCCGCUCUACGUCCGGCCUGUCAGCAGGUUCACAACCUGUUUCAUCCCGCGGAUCCCUCGGCCUCCCGCCUCGAACCUCUUCUGGACAAGCGGUUCCACCUGCUGCCUCCCUUUAGUGUCCCUCGUUACCAGCGCUUUCCUCUGGGUGAUGGGCACUCAGCUAUCUUGGUUGAGAUCAUGCAGAGUAACCCUCAGCUGCUGAUGGAGUCUGGUGGUGCAGCAUCCCACCGCUCGCAGGGGAGCGACGUCAACGAGACCUCCAUCCCUGUGCCCGUCCUCAACUGGCAGAGCUCGCAGCUCCUCACAGAGACAGAUGCUCUUCACUCGCAUGUUUUUGUAGACGGCCAGUACCCACCGUCGACGUCACCAGGGGUCCCUCACCUUCGUUUCAACCGCAGGGCCAGCGAGGCCAGCAUUGCCAGCCAGGUGUCAGGCUUAGCUGACUCUUACACCGCCUCCAACAUCGCCACGACACACAAACAUGAAGUCAGCCCCUCUAAAAGGUCCAGUCUGUUGUCCCAGCUGGCUCUACCCUACAAUAGAUUUGUCUCUCGGAGCUCGUCCCUGCGGUCGCGCCAGAAAAUCCACCAGGUGUUCCCCAAACCCAACGGUGUGGAAUCUGAGCUGAGCUCGAACGUUAGCUCUGACAUGACCUCUGACCUCACCGAUGUCACGUCUCACAUCACAGACAUCCGCUCGGCGCCCCUGUCACACGGGGUGCUGAAGAACAUAGAGCAAGUUGCUUCUCGGUGGUGGGGCAGUAAGAGGAUGGACUACGCCCUGUACUGUCCUGAUGCUCUGACAGCGUUUCCCACAGUGGCUCUGCCUCAUCUCUUCCAUGCCUCCUACUGGGAGUCUACAGACGUCGUCUCUUUCUUACUCCGACAGGUGAUGAGACAUGAGAACUCCAGUAUCUUGGAGCUGGAUGGUAAAGAAGUGUCUGAAUUCACUCCGUCCAAACCUCGUGAGAAGUGGCUCCGCAAGAGGACUCAUGUUAAAAUUAGGAAUGUGACGGCUAACCACCGUGUGAAUGACGCUGUGUUCACGGAGGACGGGGCCCAGAUGGUGACGGGACGUUUCAUGUACGGCCCUCUGGACAUGGUCACCCUUACUGGAGAGAAGAUUGACAUCCACAUCAUGACCCAGCCUCCCUCUGGAGAGUGGGUGUACUUUCACACGGAGCUCACCAACAGCAGUGGACGUGUCUCUUAUGUAAUCCCUGACGGCAAAAAGCUUGGUAUCGGGGUGUAUCCUGUCAAAAUGGUGGUCAGGGGUGACCACACAUUUGCAGACAGCUAUCUAAGUAUCGUCCCGCGUGGAACAGAGUUUGUUGUUUUUAGUAUUGACGGGUCAUUUGCUGCCAGUGUGUCUAUAAUGGGCAGCGACCCAAAGGUUCGAGCUGGAGCUGUGGAUGUGGUGAGAUACUGGCAGGACUUGGGCUAUUUGAUAGUAUACGUAACGGGUCGUCCUGACAUGCAGAAGCAGCGUGUGGUGGCCUGGCUCUCUCAGCAUAACUUUCCUCAUGGCGUCGUCUCCUUCUGCGAUGGGCUGGUUCACGACCCGCUCCGACACAAGGCCAACUUCCUCAAAUCCCUCAUCAACGAGGCUCACAUGAGGAUCUUUGCAGCCUACGGCUCCACCAAGGACAUCUCUGUGUACUCUUCUAUUGGCCUGCCUCCGUCCCAUAUCUACAUAGUGGGAAGGCCCACGAAGAAAAUGCAGCACCAGUGUCAGUUCAUCUCGGAUGGCUACGCUUCCCACCUGUCCCAGCUGGAGUACAACCAGAGGUCUCGCCCUGCCAAGUCAGCCAGCACCCGCAUGGUCCUCCGUAAGGGCAGUUUUGGGUUGGGUGCAGCUGGUGGAGAGUUCCUUCGCAAGCGUAAUCACAUCUUUCGCACCAUCUCGUCUCAGCAGCCCGGAGGGGCGGGGCCGGCCUCUCCCAACCAACCAGGGCGGACUGAGCGUACGCUCAGCCAGUGCGAGGUGGAGCGGGAGCGAGGGGUCGGGGCACCAACCCAGAGGAGUAUGAGUAUAGCUGCAGGGUGCUGGGGCCGCAGCGGGAGCACCAAGGAGGGCAGUGGAGGGUUACUCGGCCCAAAAUAAGGUUCAUAAUGGAGUUGUGGUGUUAAAGGACCUGGUCUGAACCAUCAUGAUCUCUGGACUGGACAAAGAGAGAAGGGUAGAAGAAGAAGAAGUGGAUUUAGGGUUGGAGUUUUAGAUAUUAAAUGGGUACGGGAGGGAUGUAGCAUAAAAACACACUUGAUUGAUCGUAAGGGAAUAGGGAAAGGAGGGAAUGAGAAGGAUCUGUCCAGGAGGAGUGGACUAAUCAGGCCAAGUGAGAUCCAGCAAACUAAAGACAAUUCUGUAGCAUGACUUUUACAGUAAAACUUUUAUAGGAUACAUCACUAACUAUUAAAAAAAUGACAAGGAAGGAUUAAAUGAAAUAUUGUAAGCCUUAAACUGAUCUCGUAUAACGGGACGCCCCUCCACUUCCCCUUUCCGCACACACGUACACAAUACGCCGUCCUGGUAUUCACACUCAUGAGCUCAGGACAAACUGCAAAGCCAGAUUCAUCUUCAAACAGUCAAGCACGGGUUCGAGGCCAAGUUAAUCGGCAGCCAUGGCAAAGAGCCAAUGGCUUUCACUUCUGUUUCUUUCCCACUGUCAGCUGAGCGAAUACUUGCUUCAAACAACACUCUACCCAGCAAUGACUGGCAAUAACAUAAAGGAUGGAGAGAGGAGAUAAGGUUACAAAGGUUAACCUUCUUAAAGAGCCAGUUCAUUCAGUUAAAAUAAAGACACGUAUUGUCUCACUUACCUCUAGGGAUAUCUAGCCAUGCAGAUUGUUUUGAGUUUAUUUGUCCAGCGUUUGAUCUAUCUGAAAUUACUGCCUCAACCCCAAUACAGUACAUGAGAAUUUAAUAUUCAGAGGAUAAAUCCUACUGAUUUCUGAGACUUUUCUUUUAGCCGAGUCAACACAAGAAGGGAAAGGCAAACGAAUUAAGUCUACAAAUGAUUCCAAUAUAUAUUUUUCUUAGAGAGGAGUCCACAGAGACGCCCCUCUUGUACAGAGUAUCCUUUCACUUUAGCCAUGAAGGGGAAGAUGAGCAAGGAGGAAGUGGAUGAAGGUCACUGAGCGUAGACGAGACUUGUGAUGAAGGAACCGGAACCGGAUUCGAUAAGUAGACUCGGAAUCAGAAACAAUUAAAUUGAAACGAUACGGCCAACAAGGUCACGCUCCUCUAUACAGUCAUUGUAUCAAACCUGCCCAUAUUAAAUACAUGCUUGUGAUUGGCCUGAUCUGAUCCAGGCAAGUGAGCACCCAUUCACCUCCACUGUAUUGAGGUAAGGACAGAAAUCUAAAACCAAACUGUCCACAUGGCUACAUACCAGUGGAGUUAGUGACAAAAUGUACUUUUUGUGUAAUUUGGGCAAACCUAUCCUGAUUUGAAAUCAUAAAAUAUAUUGCAUCACAGAUGAAAGAACUGUGUAAGUCCCAGAACACACGUGUUCAUCACUGACAUGCUACAUAUAUUUAAAUACAUAAUGCAGGUUGCUAGUCCAGUUUUCAUUCCACCGUUUGUGACUCUGUAGAAUUAUCCCUUUCAGUGUGGCCUCUGGGCCAUCCAAGGCCUUAAUAUCCAACAAAGACACUUGCUCCACAGAUGGAACAGAAAGCAGAACAAUAGGGCAUGCAGCAUUAAAGCAACAACUGAAACUCUGUACAGUCCACAGCAACAAUCCCUUUAUAUAUUCAUUUGCUUGCAAUACCUCUGAUUCACCUGUUGGCGGUGUUCAGUUUCCCACAUGUGCUGCUGCUGGGAGACACUUGCGUGGUGUUCCCUGAUUUAUUGCUCUUUAGGCUCGUAGGAUAUGGUACAGGACGGACCUGUUUCAUUUCACGCUGGACCCUGGGAGGGACAGAGGAAGUAUUUCCACAUAGCUUUCACUUACAGAAACCUGUUAAUCUUUCAGUGUUUUUACCAAAUGGACUGAAGAAUGGGCUGGAAAUGAUGACUGGAUUGAUCUUUUCUGAGGUGCCCUCGUGAGAGCAAACAUUUGUUGCUUCUGUCUACUGAACUGUGUGUUUUCAUACAAAGGGGAGGUAGAAGAAGCAGUCACCUCACAUCUCCGAUCCGAAAACACAAAAGAUGUGCACAAAAUAGUCAGAUUUUCCUGUGCUGAUGCCACCCUUGUUCAUUAAAAGGACAAGUUCACAAAUUUUAAGUCUGUCUUAAAACGAUAGUCAGAUGCUUAAAUUAUCAUGAACAGUUUUUGCUUGCUGUAACUCAUACUGGCCAUUAAUAGAUUUAGAUGCGCUUCCAAUGUUAGAGCUAAGGGACCAAAUGUCACAGUCCUCGUUUUGUGCAAAAAAUGUCUUGAAAAUUUAAUUUGAAACUAAUGUGAAGGUUCAGCAGUCUAUGUUAGUUAAAUCUUACAGACUUUUUAGUUGUUUUUUGUGUGAUCAAAACAAAAUUUUUGGCAAAUUCCAGUCCGGGUUCAGGGUGCAGUACUGAAUUUGCUCUGCUAAGGGUGAGGAAAGUAUUGAUACUCUUGGAUGGUCUCAAACAUGUAGUAGUUGGGUCAAGCUCUUAGAACACUUAUAUUGUAUCUACAGCAUAGAUCAGGAUCAGUUAAGAUCCUCUUCUUCUGCUGUCUGCCAUGGUGUGCCCCAAGGCUCCACCUAAGUCCAUUUUAUUUUGAUAGAACAGCCCUUUCAUCAUUGCCGAUGCUGACGACUAACAUCUAUAGUUCCCUUGAAACAGAGUGAAAAAACACAAUCCAUAUACUUUUUUAAGACACAAAAAUGAGAUUAGAAAAGCAAAAAGUUUCUAUAGUGCUUCUAUAGCAAAAGUAGCUCCUGUCUUCAAAUCUCUGUCCAAAUUAGAUAGAUGCCAGAUAUCGGCAUUGGCCAAUACCUGCACUCACAGGGCAGAUAAACAAAAAACAUCUGCGGACACAUCUGCAGGCAGCCUCGUCAGUGAGCUGCUUUGAAAUGAUGUUAGCGCUCAACUCGUUGUGAAUUUUGGGAAGGUGGUGAAUAAGUCCUCAGUGACCAUCGUCUUUUCUAAAUGUUUUUCCAGUGCUAAAUGAAAGCAGCUCUUAUCUAACACCAUUACUGACGUUAAAUAUAUAUUGUGAUAUAUGGCAAAAAAAUGGUUUUUAAAAAAUCAUAUACGUUUGAUAAUUAUGGCAAUAAAUGUUUUGAAGGCUGAUUUUUGCUCCUAUGUGAAAGAUGAAGAAACCAGAUGGUUAAUUGUGGUGUUAAACUUUUCUUAAUGGCCAGAACAUGCCAGAACACUUGCCAGACUGUGGAUCACAUAACAAAUCUGAGGUACAUGAAUGGGUAAGAUUAAGUAAAAUCUUUUUUUCAGUCUUUAACCAAAUGAACUGCUAGUUUGUAUGUGAUUAAAAAAAAUAAAAUCAAACAUUUAUUAAACAUUUAUUGUUUAUUGUUAUUGAGAAAAAAUAUCAUUAUUGCUUUAUUACCUGCCCUAAUAACUGUUAUUAUACCUGUAAAGAAUAAUGCAGCUGAAUGACGUCACUUGUGACAAACUGUACCCCACUCUCCUUUAAACAGGUUCGGAGAUCUACAGCAGAACCCAAUUUAUUUUUCUUCUUAUUUAUUAAUAAAGUUUCAAUCUAAAACAACACGUUACCGGCAAACUACAUAUGCUGACAAUCUUAAAUUUUUGACUGCGCUAAAAUUUGACAACCCUUAGUCCUCAUCUACAGUGGAAGCACAUUAAAAGGGAUCUUUAAAAAGCUAGUAUGAAUGGGAGGAAUGAUUACAGCAAACAAAAUCUGUUUCAGUGUUCAAAUGGGCAUCGGACCGUUGUUUAAAAGGCAGAGUUUAAAGAUAGUGAACCUAUCCUUUAAACCAAUGAAAGCUUUUGGAGCAAGGAUGUGCAGAACAGUUGUACCUCUUGUUCACUUCAUGUUACUAUGCUGUUAUUUAAUGCCCAGCUUCCACACACAACACAAGAGUGUCUGUUUCCACUCUCUGUGUGAUCAGCAAUGUCUUCAACCCACCACAAAAGCCAAACUCGUUCUCUAAUACUGUAGUUAAUCAACUGUAUAACCUCAUUGUUGUUCUUUUGCACUAGUUUAUGGUGAAAAUAUACUGUAGUUACCAUGUCAUGUUGCUAUGUGUCUGCACCUCUGAAGGGGCGUGACACUUUUUAUUACUUUCAGGGUGAACUGUAUGUGCAGGUAAGCGCAUGUACAUUUUGUCAGGAUAUGAAAAAAGUAAAUGUGCCAAUCAGUAGACAUUUCUGGAGAAGUAUUUAGACCAGGGGUUUUCAAAGUCUUUAUAAAAGUCGGUCUUCCCUCAGACACAUUUGAGACAACUGCGUACCGCCAACACCCCCUUUCCCCUCUUCUCCUGUUAUUAUUGUUUGUCUUACUUCUGUUUGGCAGAUAAUCAUACUCCAAGGUUUGGAGCUACAGUUCCCAUAAUGCUUUGGGAGAUGUAAACAGGAAAUAAAAUGUUGCUAUUGCAACUUGAGCCCUGUUUUUUUAAUAGCUUAAAAUUUGUUUACAUUUUGGCAAUAUUGGCACCAUUAUGCCGAAUUAGCUAUUGCGGUGUACCCAUGGAUGUACAGACACCUGUCACUGGAUUACUUUGAUACUGAAGAAAACUUCAGGUCUGAGUUCUGGAGCGUCUUUUUUUUAAUUAUUUAUAAGCAGAUUUAUGGCAUUUAUUCGCAGAGAUAAUGACAUCCUCAGAAAGUGUAACUCACACUGAAUCUAAAAAUAUGUGUUACGAGUUUUAAAGUACGUUAGUUGAUCACAUCCAUGAGCUGUGUGUCACAACCGCUGCUUCUGCAACAGCUGACUGUGUUGGUGAGCAGCCAAAUUAGUACAUCAGACUAGACAAACUAACUAACCCUUGGUUUUCAGGACACAGUUUGAAAACCCCUGAUUUAGACGAUCCACCCUCUUAUUAUAGUAAGAAGGGGAGAAGUGUACUGAGAGCAGUCCUUGCUGCUUUGACUGGAUCUUGAUUGUUGGUGGUUUCCACCUUUUUAAUAUAAUAUUGCCCAUGUCUGAGAAAGAAAAGUGGCUUCAACAGAAAACUGAAGAUGUGUUUUUAGCUUUCAGUUAAAAGCAGAGGUCAGACGUGUCGCUGUAAUCGCGAACAAUAAGCUAUUCUGCAAGAAGUCAUGGACUUUUGCGUUGAGCUUCUGUUGUACUUCGGGUGGCAGGUUUUCGGCACAUCGUUCCCCUUUGUGGCUGUUUAGCUGCUGAGUUGAAUGUUCGCCCAUUUGGAUUCUGAGACUGUUCAGAAGCCAUGGAUGUGUUGAUGUACAUACUGUAAAGAUGUAUAUGUAGGACUUAUAUGUUUGAGAGUUAUUUAUUUACCUAAAGAUCAUAAUGUUACUCUGGAAAUUUCAGGUGAAAUAUAUUUGAACUAUGUAGCAUUUUAUUUGUCACUUGGCACUGGCAGUCAUUAAGGCUACGGACCAACACAGGACGUUUUUUGUUUUUACUAGUGCAAUAUUAUUGUUCCAAUCACAGCCAGGCAGAACCACUAUCACAGCAGGGGCACAAUCUACCACAAGACAAGCUGCAGGCAAUUCACAGUCUGAAAUCAUACACACACACCACCUGCAGAUGUGUUUCACACCUCGUGAAAACUAUUUGUAUUCGAGCUACUGUUGACCUCUGCUGUCUCUUUACAACAGUCAACUGCUGAGCAUUUUAUAGGACUUACUGCACCUAUUUUUCAAACUGGAGUAUUUUACAAAACCUUUGAAAUAUAACUGGAGACUGGUUUUUCAGUCAGCAGUGCGUGCAUGGAAAAAGUGAAACCCCAUAACAAAGCAGCUCUAUUUAACAAGCUGUUGCAUGUCAUCUAGUCAGAUUGGAGCUACUUAACCUUCAUGCUUAACAAUGAUAAACCAGCCGUGUUGUCCACAAUGUCGUCACUGUUUAAUGAAAUAUAUAUCAAAACAUUCGGCUGAUUAUAUUUGAGAUUAUUAUAAUUAUUGCCACAUUUGGAUAAGAUGUAAAAUGCUUAGAGACCUACGGAGGUUUUUCUUCAGCUCAGCUUUAAAAUACCAGUAUUGGUUUUAGUUAUUGACACCGUACAAUAAAACCUUUUGUGUUAAUAAAGCACCCUUUAUUAUAAGGGGGUUAUAGGUUAUAACCAAUUGCUUCAUUAAUCGUUAAAUUAACAUUUUGUGAAAUGUGCCAAGAUUCUUUCCAGGGGAUAGUUAGAAACGGCUAGCCUGGGUCCUUGUUAAGAAAUAGUUUAGCACAUAACCCACAAUUAAACCACUUAUUUCAAUUCUUACACUCCAGUUUUUGAAAAGAUAUGUGGCGUGUUAAUUGUCGAGUUUUACAGGUGCCGAUUCUGUUACCUUCAGACAAAGGCAGGCUAGCUGUUUCCCCCUGUUUACAGUCUUUAUGCUAAGCUAAGCUAACUGGCUGUUGCUUCAAAUUUAAUGGACAGUCAAAAGACCGGUAUAGAGCUUCUUGUCCAACGUUCUGCCAUAAAGCAAAGUGCAUAUUUCCCAAAACUUUUCCUCUAAUAGAUUAUUUACUAACGUUUUAAAGUUCACAUAAAGGUUUUUCCACAAUCUGCCAACUGAAAAUCUGUUGUUUUUUAAGGCUUAUAAAUCUAUAAAUGAUUUAUAAACCAUUAAUAAAGCAAUUCCCCUGAAAUAAAACUAUAUUACUAAAGAACUGUAGGUCUUUGACAUACACAUAUUUUAGGUGUCAGAAUACAGUGUGGCAAUAAUUCAUAUAUAUUUUGGAUAUAUGCAGUGUUUGAAAUUAGAUUAAAGUUUCACAUUCACACAUAACCCCCUUAUUUAGCAUUUGUAAGCAGUAUAUAAACACUUAAUGAACUAUAAUACACUAUAACACACUAAUGAAGCAAUUAUAAGGACACUUAAAAAUGUAUUAUUUGUUACAACUUUUUAACUCUUCCUACAGUAUAAAGUAUCCAGAACCGGAUAAUUAAUUAACAGUUAAUUAAUACUUGAUUGCGUAAUAAGUUAUAAUCAAGUUUCUUUAUAGGUUUUGAAAUACAUGUAUAAGUAUUAUUAAAACCUGCCUGUGAAUGUUGUGAACAUGUGCAUAAACAGUUAUGAAAUCUAUAUAUAUGCUUUUAUGUUUUGUAAUUUGUUUUAAAGCAUUUAUACACAUUAGAGAUGCUACAUGGGAUGGGUUAUACAGUAGUUGUUGACAAAUAAAUUAACACACACUAUUACUGAUUACAACUACAAAACAGGGUUAUAAACCAUUGAUCAAGUGUUAAUAUACUGCCAAUAAAUGUUACACAGGGGGCUUUAAAAUAAAGUGUUUCUCCAGUAUUUCUCUGUAUUCUGUUCACAGCUGUAUACAAACGGCCAUAUAACCUAUUUCUCACAUGGUUUGAUUGGAAAGUGUUAUUCUUUCAUUUAUGACACUGACAACCACUGAUAGAGGAACAGUGUUUACUUGGUUAACAACAUCAGUAUCAGAAUUACUCUUCUAAGUGAUUUUGACUCAUGUGUUGUUGUUGUUUUGGGACACAGGAUACAGUAGGUACUGAUGUCUCCUAGUUUAUGUGUUUAGGCAGAUCGGGCUGACCUCUGCCUGGGCCCCCAGCGCUCUCUACCAUUGUCUGUACUGUGGAAUAAAUACAAUUGGACAGUUAACUCAA